AUGGAGAUUGACGAGACACCAGCAAUAACGACAGUAAUGGCAGAGGAUAACAACAACGCGGGUCGCAGCCGUCAUCAAUUCUCCGACACGAGCUUUGUCGAUGCUAAAAUCAGCAAUCCUUCCAAACGAGCUCUGACAGAAGUCUUGCAGUACGAGUACAUGACCAAAGUCCAAGAAGCCACGCUACCCGUGAUUUUGGAAGGACACGAUGUCGUUGCCAAGGCCAAGACGGGAAGUGGCAAGACGACGGCCUUUUUGUUGCCCAUUAUUGAGCAGUUGGCAGCGGUUACUGACUGUAAUAACAGCAACCAGUUUGUCGCCAUUGUCUUGUCACCCACUCGAGAAUUGGCCAAUCAAAUUGGAGCUGAAUUUCAGAAAUUGGCGACUUUUCAUCCGGGCAUGAAGAAACAAUCCAUCACCAUGAUUGGAGGAACCAACAUUGACAAGGACAAGAGAAUUCUACAAAGUCCGCAACAAAAAUUGCGAUUGUUGAUUGCCACUCCCGGACGAUUGCAAGAUCACUUGAAUCAAAACACGGCCAAUAUAGUCCAACGAUUGUCCCAGAUCAAAGUCCUUUGUUUGGACGAAGCCGAUCGUCUCUUGGACAUGGGAUUUCGCCCCGAAUUGGAACGCAUCAUGGAGUUCUUGCCGCCGCCGCAACAACGUCAAACACUGCUUUUCUCGGCGACCUUUCCAAAUGUCAUGAAGGACAUUACCCGAGGUGCCAUGCGACAAGAUUACAAGUUGAUUGACACGUUGGACGAAAACGAGGCCGACGCCAAUGUCCAGGUCGUGCAGAAAGCGCUUGUCACACCACUCCAGCAUCACAUGCUAGCCAUGGAACAAGUGCUGCUCGCGCACGCGCAAGAGCGGACCAAGUUCAAAAUCAUUGUCUUUUUUACUACGGCACGCAUUGCCGGGUUCAUGGCGGAACUCUUUCGCGCCGAUCCACGAUACCCGCAAUACAAUGACAAGACACUCUUGGAAAUGCAUUCCCGAAAAAGCCAGAGUUAUCGGACCAAUGUGGCGAAAAAAUUCACCAACGAGUCCAAUGUCAUUCUCUUUAGUUCCGAUGUCAGUGCGCGAGGAGUCGAUUAUCCCGACGUUUCGUUGGUAUUGCAAGUGGGUGCUCCUUCGGAAAAGGCACAGUACAUUCAUCGGCUCGGUCGUACGGCGCGGGCGGGACAAUCCGGGAUCGGGAUCUUGUUGUUGUCGGAUUUUGAACGCGUGUUUAUGAAAGAACUCGAGGACUUGAACGUGGAGCAAAUGCCGCAGACGACAAAACACGAACAUGCCACGGAAGAGCGACGUCAUUUGCAGCAGUUGGUGCAACAGGACGAACGUCUUUCCAACAGUGCCGCAGCCGCGUAUCAGGCGUUUUUGGGAUACUACAAUUCCAAUGUGCGUCGAUUGAGACUCAAAAACAAACACGAGCUGGUGGAGAUUGCCAAUGAAUACUCCACCGUGAUUGGGUUCCCCGAAGGAGAACCACCGGCGUUGCUGGCCAAAACGGUGGGAAAGAUGGGGCUCAAGGAUGUGCCUGGAAUCAACAUUGAUCGAGGAGCAGGACGAGGAGGUGGUAGAGGAGGCGGCGGCCGUGGUGGACGAGGAGGUGGCCGCGGAGGAAGGGGAGGACGUCGUUGA